CAAAGUUUCAAACUUUGUUCUACUAAAGGAAAAGAAGAAAAAAGUAAAAAGUUAUGGCAUAUUGACGUAAGAUGUGAAAAGACCAAUCUCUACUUCAAGUGCUCUGAACCAACAGAAAGGAACAAUAGAGAUACAAAUAUUCUUUAACUCUUUUAAUGCUUGAAAGAUCCUGACCGUUGAUCCUUGUCUUUAUGGGUGGAUGGGGCGGCAUUAACUACGUGGUCCUUGGACAAUCGCUGUAACUCCAACACGCGGAUUAGUGUGACUGAUAUAUUCCCUUCUUUCUUCUUCUUCUCGAGAAAAAAAAAAAAGAAACUUUCUUUUUCCUCAACUUGCAGAACAGGAAGAAGAAGAAACGACAUUCACAAGGACAUUAUUAUAUGGUAAUCAUGGAGCGACUAAAAUCUCCUCCUCCUCUCAUGAUCGUCUCGGACCUUGAUCAUACCAUGGUUGAUCAUCAAGACCAUGAGAACAUAUCUCUUCUGCGGUUUAACUCAUUGUGGGAAUACGCUUAUCGACGUGACUCUCUUCUUGUCUUCUCAACCGCAAGAUCACCGAUUCUAUACAAAGAACUGAGAAAAGAGAAGCCUUUGUUGACACCUGAUAUCAUCAUUACUUCAAUAGGAACCGAGAUAGCGUUUGGUAACUCCAUGGUUCCUGAUGUCACUUGGGUUGAGUCCUUGAACAGUGAUCAAUGGAACAGGGAGAUAGUCUUGGAAGAAACCAGAAAGUUCCCUGAGUUAACCCUUCAGCCAAAAACUGAGCAGAGGCUACACAAGUUGGAUGUCAAGAUUAUUUACAGUUGGGGUAAGAAUUUAGAUGUUAUACCUCGAGGUGGAGGCAAAGGAGAAGCCUUGGAGUAUCUUCUCAAGAAACUGAACGCUAAAGGAAUAUUCCCGGUGAAUACACUUGCUUGCGGUGACUCUGAACACGACGCUGAGCUAUUCAGCAUUCCAAAUGUCCACGGUGUCAUGGUGAGCAAUUCUCAAGAAGAGCUGUUGAAGUGGCAUUCUGAAAAUGCUUUAAACAACUCAAAGGUUAUACAUUCAAGCGAGAGAUGUGCGGAUGGGAUUAUUCAAGCUAUUGAUUAUUUUAAGCUUGGCCCUACUCUUUCUCCAAGAGAUGUUACUGACUUCUUGAGUCGAAAGACGGAUGUUGCGAACCCUGGUCAAGAAGUUGUGAGGUUUUACUUGUUCUACGAGAGGUUGAGACGCGGUGAGAUCAAGAAGCAUGAGACGUACAUAGACAGCUUCAAAGAGUCAUGCCACCAAGGUACUGUCUUUUACCAUCCAUCAGGUGCAGAGAUUCCUCUGAGACACACCAUUGAUGAGAUGAGGAAGUAUCAUGGAGACAAGAAAGGGAAGAAGUUUUGGGUUUGGGUAGAUCAGGUUUUGGUAGUAGACACCACUCCUGGAGAAUGGAUAGUAAAGUUUGAUAAGUGGGAGCAAUGCGAGGAUGAGCGUAAAUGCUGCACAACGACUGUCGAAUUCACUUCAAAGGGAGGUCUGGUGUGGGAGAAGGUGAAGCAGAUGUGGACGAAGGAAUCAGAGAUGAUCGAUGAUGAUGACACUUCCUGGAUUAUCUAAAAUCACUGUUGACAAAUGAUAUUAACAGUCUCCAGGAUCAUUUUUAUAAGUUUUGCAAACUGUUUUUGAUCAUUUGAAAAAAAAAAAAUUAGGGCCCAACCGGGUUCGAACCGGUGACCUCUUGAUCUGCAGUCAAAUGCUCUACCACUGAGCUAUGGACCCAUUGUUGCACUAUUCAAAGGUUAUUGACUCUUAAAUUUAGAUCACUACAAACAAAAUCUGCUUCCUUAUAAUUUAGAAGUGUGAUCAACAUAUCUUAAGGAAACAUAAUGAUUGUGUAAAGAAUAUUAAUAGAGACCUCAAGUAGAUUACUUUCUUAACAGGAUUCUCCUAUCUUUUUUUUUAAUUUCUCUAGUUCAUAUAUUUUUCCCCAAACUAACACCACAUGUCACCCACACCCAUAGUAGAGGUUGUUGGAACCACAUCUCAGAAUGAAACCAUAUCUAUAUCCUGACUUAUUUGUAGUCCUCUUCCUCAUCUCUCUUUAUUUUU